AGUCGUUCGUUAUCUGUGACACCGUGACAUGGUGGCUCGAUCGCGACUUGUCGAGAAGUCCGCUCCGAAUCGUUCCGUAAGAUAGCGAGAAAGGGAGAGAGAAAGAGAGAGAAACACGGCUUCAUCUCGCUCUGUCCCAUUCUCCCCUCCGGUCACCACUCGGUACCUGACCUACUUGCGCGAGCUGUCAUUCUACGGUCGCGGGAUUGUUUCGCCGGCAGACCAACCGACCGGCCGGUCCUCAAACCUCCGUGUGUACCUGUGUCUCUUGCGAAUCUUUUUCUCGCGGGAAGAAAGUCGACUAGCCGUUCGUUGUCGAAGAAGUCGCACGAACGGGGUAGAAGAAAGAGAGAAAGAGAGUGAGUUGGGACACCGCAAGGGUCCCGCAAGGGGAGUGACGGGACGACGGAGCGUAAGAGCGGAGGCACGAACGCGGAGGAAACGAGUUUGAAAACUGGCACCGCCAGUCGAUCGCCAGGCAGCAGCGCAAGCUCGAGGACGAUGUCGCGAUCGACGAUGACCGAACGAGCGUGUGAGGUAACAACAUGGCAAGGAUGAGCAGCCCCCACCUUAUGAGCGGCAUCGAGCGGAUCGUUCCUCGUAGGAGCGCGAUAACCCGAGGAGGAGAGCACAGGCCGGAUGCACUGAGGAUCCUUCGGCAGGAGAAAAGCGAGCAGGACGCGUCGUAAUAAAGGAUCGACGAAUCGUCAGAAACGACGACUGGGAUGGAUGAGAUACGCGGCUCGCCGUCUCGCCGUCUCUCGCAAAUUAUCGAUCCCAUCACACGGUUCAACACCGAUUUCGGCUCCAACUCGGCGCCGUGCAGUCCGCGGCUGGGUACCCGCGUGCACGACGUUGGCAGUGGAGCCGUUGGCUCCGGCGGCCAGUCUGGGCCCGCCGCCGGCAGCUCUGUCGGGAUCAGCGGCGGCGGCGGCGGCGGCGGUGGCAGUGCUCCAGCGUCGUCCCGAACGGGCCCGAGCGGCGCCGCCGUCACGGCGGCUGGUCCCAGCGGACCCGACAGCCCGCGGCUGUGGCCACGGCAGUUCCGCCAGGCACCCACGCCACCGCCGCGGCCUAGACACGCCGGCGUCGCCGUCACCACAGUCAUCCCCGCCACCGGCGCGGUCGCCAGCAUCGUCACCAGCGCAGCCAACAUCAACAACAACAACAAUAACAACAAUGUCCCGGCAGGCAGUGGUGGCGAUGGCGGUAGCAACUUGCCGGUGCAUUCGAGGGACUCGCCCUACGUCAACGUGUCGAAUCUGUUUUUCCAACGGGACAAGAGCUUUGCCGAAAGCGCCAGGAGCGCCGGCUACAUCGAGCUCCGGAGCGACAAGCCCAAGUGUAGCCCGUACGACUUCACGAGCGAGUCGAGCGGCCACGUGGAGUACGCGGACAAGAGGACAUUCGUGCCGCAGCCAGACCUGGCCGCACCACCCGCCGCUUGCUACGAGGCGAAAGAUCCCGCCGGGCUUUGCAGGCUGAGGUCGAACUUCGACCCCGGGCCCUCCGGCAGGGGCCACUUCGACAGGGCUUUCUCGUUCUCCGGCAGACAGCCGGAGCAACCGGCGCCGCGGAUAUACGAGGCCGGUCGACUGUUCGUCGACCAGAGACCCGCGCCCGGCAGCGUCGACGUGAAGAGGGAAAAGCUGGACGUCAGACCCAGCUACGCGACUUCCAAGAGCUUCGACGGCUACACCACGACCGUGGAGGAGCUCAACUGGCAGGAGAGGUGUCUGGAGCUGCAGCUGGAACUGCACAGGAGCAGGAGCCAAGCGACCAGGGUGAGAGACAUGCUGCGCGAGAAGGUGAGUCUUUCUUUCUGUGAACGAAUUAUUCUCGUGUCAGCGCCGUCGACGAUACCGCUCUGUGGUACGAUCGCUUAAUCCGCAGACGAUACACCAUGUAGGGGACGCGUUUUGAGGGAUAUUUAACAUUCUAUUGGACUUCAUAUACGCACGACAUACGCUGAGCGAAUCACGCGGGGCUCCAGCGGCAGAGGAGCCGGAAUGUGUAUCUCACGUCUCGAUUAGUAUGCACGGCCACGCGCGCCGAUUUAACGCCAUCACUUCAGAUAAGGCACAUAGACGCGUAGCGUUGUCCGCCGCCAGCUUGUUCCUGCUUCUUCGAGACGUACCGCGUGUAGCAGUCGUUCAACGAAACGAGCUCCCGCGCGGACAGCGUUUAACGAUUGUUAAUUUCGGCAGACUAUGUUCAAGAGAGAGAGAGAGAGAGAGAAGAUUCAUUUGCGAAGAAAGGGUUUUUCAGGCGAAAAGCUCGUCACGCUUCUCCACAUAAAUUCCUUCUUUACGCCUUUCGACAUCGCGUCGCGUCGAGUAGCGUCGCGCGCGUUAUAGUAGACAUUAACGAACGAACACGAAUGAACGUUGAAACGUAAGCACGGACGAGCACGAACAAACGAGCCUCGCGCGUCGACUGGUGAUGCGUCGCUUUUCCCAGUGUUUCGGAGGGAAAGAUAUUCGUUCGACGAAACGGCACAUCGGUUCGCGUGUGUGUUACAGGUUCGGUACUCGCAGUCAGAUAUUAUAUUUAAGACUGUCUCUAGUCUGUUUACCUUUAGAUAUUCCGUAGCCAAAUGAUUCAUACAGCAUCUGAAGAUAAACUUGAGACGGCUUAAGCAUAAGAUCCAACUAUGAACACUGACCAUAAACAGUGCGCUUAGAUGAUUUUCAAAUCAUCCAGAUGGAAAUGAAAUGGAAAAAUCCGUAAGUUUUAUCUUAGAUGAGAUAGAGAUUAUUUCGCCUCAAAGCAUUCAAAUGAAAGAUGAGAUGGUAGUGGGAUUCAUUUAGACUUUUUGUAGAUUGGAUAAAGUUCCGAAAAGUACUCACCCCUGAUUUUUUUUUAACUCAGUAUUCGUACGUAUAUUGACGUGCUGAUUACGAAUAUCAUAGUGAAAAUUGGCGACUACUUGAUUUUCAUGAUAAAAAUCAUGAAAAACCCAUAAAAAUUAUAGUUUUUUACGUUUAUUUUAGUAAAUACGAAAAAUCAUGAUAAAUAUUUUAAACAAAAGUUUUAGAUCUCACUGAGAUAAAUAUUUUAGAUCCAUUUUCAUCGUACGAAUGAUAGUUCUUGAGGAAAUCAAGUAUAAAGACCGUAACAGCGUUGUUACGGUCUUUAUACUCGAUUUCUGCGAAUCCCUUCUGUGGGUUAUUUCGCCACGUAGACAGUAUAUUUCCCCCGAAUCGUGACGAAAAGAAAUAAAGGAAAGAGGACUUACAGUUAUGAAGGAACUCUAACAACUUUUUUUAAGAAUAUUUUUAACAUUUUUGCAACACGGGAAAAAUAUCGAACGACUAGCGGGAGGCUGCGUCCCCCUCCCCCCCCUAACAACUAAUCUAACCUUACCUACCGUUACAUUAGCUGUCGGUCAUUAUUUAUUAAUAAGUUAUUAAGAAAAAAAGUUAAACACUUUUUAACUGCAACGACGAUAGAUGUUAACGCUGUUACUGUCUUUAUACUCCAUUUCCUCGAAAACUAUUGUUCGUACGAUGAAAAUAUAUAGAACCUAAAAUGUUUAUCUCUGUAAGAUCUAAAGCUUUUGUCUAAAACAUUUAUCAUGAUUUUUCUUAUUUACUGAGAUAAACGUCAAAAACUAUAAUUUUUAUAGGUUUUUCAUGGUUUUUACCAUGAAAAUCAAGUGAUCGCCAAUUUUCACUAUGAUAUUCGUAAUCAGCGCGUCAAAAUACGUAAGAAUACUGAGUUUCAAAAAAAUCAGGGGUGAAUACUUUUCGGAACUACACCCCAUGUUUUUGUUUAUAAGUUAUUAUUUUUUAAAAACAAAAAAUAUCGUCUAAUAAACAGUUUCUACGGUGUACAUAUAUUUGUUGUCCUGUAUUGAAAAGACACUACUCGUGCCGAUAAAAGCAGCGAUGCAUUAUACUUGAAAGAAAAGUUUGUUUCACGUUAGAAAUUUGUUAGAGGAAUGCAACUCCUCUUCCUCUAAAUAGGAAGUUACCUCGAUAUUACUACUGAUAAUUAGCUGUGUACUAACAUCACUUUUUUUCAUGAUAUCGUGAGAAAAAUUUUCAUCUGCGCUACUACUAGAAAUAUACUUGUUUUCAAACGCAUUCAUAUUUUGGAUGUAUGAAUUAUUUUUAUUUUUAAAUGAGAUCUUUACAUGAAAUGUCACUAACUAAAAACUCUAACAAAUUUUUCUGUUGAAUGUCGUAUCUUAAAUUUUUUUCCCAGUUAGGAUGGCACAUUUUUUUACCCAAGAUAAAGAUGCUAUGUCUCAUUUAGAUACAGAUAUUCCGAUAUUUCCAUCCAAAUAACCAUCUAGAUGAUUUCAUUUAGAUAGCAGCAAAAACACUGGUUAUAAGUUACAAUUUAACCAAAAUAGCAGUUUUUUUUUAGGCUUCAGCUAAUGGUGUAUACUAAAAAAAACUGAGUAUAAUCUACCCCAUUCUUUUCCGUUCGCGCGAUUCGAUCUCUCCCCGGUGUGUAUGCGUGCGUCCGUUCGUACGUUCGUUAGUUGCACACACGGUGCGUUAACGCAAACAAACUGCCCCGCGGACGAGGCGGCGGGGACACGCGACCGCGCUCCGCGACAACGGAGAAUGGACGUGUAUGAAACGUUGACGAGGAUUCAACGUCGGGCCGGAAAUUAUACGUCCGCCUCGGCGGGCACGCCGUAAUAUCGCGCGCGAUUUUUUUUUUCUCUCUUUUUCUCGUCUUUUUUCACGAAUUUUUCCACAAUACGUUGGCCGGAGUCGCGGCGCGGCAGUCAUUUUAUUUACGUACUUCUCACCGACGCGAAAAAAGCGGCGGGAGCUAAACGACGAAUCGGCGAAUCGUAAGUUCGCACCGCGCGCGCGAAUAGAACGUUAUGCUCCUCCCUCUCUCAUCUUCCCUUCUCUCACACUCUCUCUCUCUCUCGCUUCGAGAGAGAGAGAGAGAGAGGGAGAGAUUAAUUGAUAUCACUCAGAUAUCAAUAGUUAUUAUUUUUUUUCUUUUCUCUCUGCUUGUUCUGACUCAAACGACAAUUAUUUCUGUCUUUUACACACUAAAAACUCUAUAGGGUCAAUCUCUGCCUCACAGCGUUGAUAAAACUCUGUCUUUCGCGUGCGCGCUUGGUUAUUUUCCCGCUGGAUUUCGAAAAAAUCGAGUCUGGCCGGACCAUCAGCGUGUUUAUUGUCCGUGGCGAUUGUAAAACUCGGUCGCCAGCGAGCGAUCCAAGUAUUUCACUCGUGCUUCCACGACGCGGGCGUCGCCCGGGCUGCGCCCGGUGGCGUAUUCUCGCUGAAAGCGGAUGCUGUUUAUAUUACCGAGUCGGGGAGCCGCGUGCCCCGAGCGCGUGCAAAAUUCAAGACGAAAUCCUUGAUGUAUCUCGGAGCUACUUUCCGGCGCAGGAGGGGUCCCAAGCGGCUUUACGGGCCGAGGCGAUAGGUCUUUCCGCCCUUCCGUCCGAUAAUCUCGUUCUGAAUAAUAAACGUUCGCCUAAUACAAAGCGGAUUUAGUGGGACCACUGAGACCUAAUUACAGAUAGAGAAAGAGAACUUGGUCGCGAAAUUGGAGGUUAACGAAAUGUCACGUGCAUAAUUAAAUUCCUCCCAAUGUUAAGCCCAAAUGCAACGCUAAAUUUGGCUUCAAUAUCGGACUAUUGAUCCGGCAGAAGUGGAACAAUCUGGAUGAUAUUGGUCCUAAACUCGUUAAAAUUACACACGCCUGAGUUGUGUUUAAUGCACGGGCUUAUUAUCUUGCGCACCGUUCGCGAAAGUCAUCGCUUAUCACUCAUCGUUUUCCGAUGCGCACGUGGCUUAACGUGCGUGCGAACGUGCAUCCGCGCGCGCGGACUGUUGUACGCGCACUGUAUAUAUCGGCUUGAAUGGAAAAGGAGAGCGGGAUCAAUUGUGGAUUAUAAAUAACGUCGCGCUGAGCUGGCCGUGACGUCUCAUUAUCUAGGCAAAUAUACAAUACACAUAAUACGGCACGGGCGGAAGGGUAUUGUAUUGUCGGAGCAUUACUACUGAAUUCGAUAUCAGAGCGACGUGUACUGGCAGCUACCGCGUGUCCCCUACAUACAGGGUGUCCUAAGGGCCUUUUAUCUAUAAUCCAUAUGGACCCUUUGAACGGAUUUCGAUUUUCGCAACGACUGUCUUCUGUUCUCAACCGUUUAAGCUUGAAUGAUCGUUUCCUUAACAUUUCUAUUCACGAAAAAUCGAUUCUAAAGGAUCUUUGAUAUAAAAUGAUUUACGAAAUGAAGAGAAAAUUUAAGAAUAUAAAAGCCUAUACACUGAUACAGAAAAAAACUUGAAACUGUAAUUUCCAUAGUCAGAAAGUAUAAAAAUUUAUUAGUCAACUUGUUAAUAAAUUUGAAGACUGAUUUAUUAUUCAAUUGACUAAUAAAAUUAAAGUCAAAAUUUCAAGUUUUUUUUACUUGAUAUUAUAUAGGCCCUUGUUGGCCCUUAAAUCUUCUCUUGAUUGUAUAUUAUUAGGGUAUUUUUAUUUAAAAAUAGUUUAUAUGCUCUCUAAAGUUCUCGAAAUGAAAUUUCACUCAAAAAGUAGAGUGAUCAUCGAGUCACUCGAAUAUAGCGUAAAUUCCCUACUCUGAAUUGUGGAAUGAAUAUUUUCACUCGAAAUUGAAGAAUAAAUUUGAUGUAUAGUCGCUUACAAAUCAAUUUAUAUAUUUUUCAUCGAAUGAAAUUGUUAAAAUUCAUUAUUUUGAGAAAUACUUUUUACAUAUUUAUAACCGAUUUGCAUCCGAUUAUUCCAUUGUCGCAGAAACAUAUUCACUUUAACCCAGUAAACACCAACAAUAACAUUAUAUCAAUAUUAUAAUUUCCCACUCCACAACGUACAUGUAAUAUAAUACAUGUUAUGCAUAAUACUGCAACAGUUAUAUUAUUGAGUAAAAAAUUAUAACAUCUAUAUAAUAUUGCUAUUAAGUCAUGUUUAAAUUGGGAAUCGAUUAAAAUGUUCGCUUAUAUGGAAUCAGAAUUUACAUUAAACAUUAGUUGAACAACUCUUGCAAUGUUGUCACUGAGAGAAAAAAAUACCUC